UUAACAUUUAACUAUUAAAACACGAUGCGAUAUGUAUCAUUUCUGGCCGCGCCAGUACUAUAUCGUAUGCAUAUUACCGACAUAUGAAAAUUAAAGUAUCCAAUAUUUAUAUUCAGUAGUUCAUAUUUUCUAUGUUUUUCUUCCAAAUUCCAUAAGCCAAGGAUCUUCUUAUAUGAGAAAAGAGUUCAGAUAAAGGCAAUGCAUCCAUGAAUAUCACUUUCAGUCAUAGUCAACUAACCAUUAAACUACCUAUACACUUUUGUAUAUAUCCAAGUCCCUAUAGGUAAUCAACCAUGAGAACUUCAUAUAUCUGCAAUCUGAAAAAGAUUGCAGUCUCAAUUUUCAUCCUCUCUUCCACCAUCUCCACAUUUGCAUCCGCCUCAUCCCCUCCCUCUGAAUCACCUGCAGCAAACGACGAACUCAUAUGUCACACUGACAACCCAGCCGAGUGCUACCCCAAAGUCUUCUCACCCACAGAAGAAUUUCAAAUCUUACACGAUGACCAGGAUCUUCCCCCAGGUUUACACGUGCAGCUCGAUGUCCAGACCGGCCAGAAACAGGCCAAGCUCAACAACCCCAAUGAGGGAAACCCCGCUCUCGAGGGUUUACCCGUGGACAGAUCAGUGGUAGUCGUAGACUCCGAGACAUCUCAGGACGAUCACAAGCCUCCCCUACCCCCCGGCGCACCCGCCUACGAACCUGUAGGCGUGGUAAAGGCCCCGAAGGAGAAGAACGAGGGCUUCACGCAAGCCCUCGAGACCGUCAAGAACUCCCACUCCGUCCAGUCCUCGGAACUCGACCAGGCCCUCCAGGACCUAGAGGAUCUGUCCCACGACAUGUACUACGGGCUGCAGAUCGCCGGGGACGUCGAAACCCUGCAAGCCCUCCUCUGCCUCCUGACCAAGCAGGACAGCAGCACGGAGCAGGCCGAGGCGGACCAAAAGCGGCCGCUAACCGAACGCCCCGGCUUCGUCGCCUCCUCCAUCCUCGCCUCCGCCAUCCGCAACAACAAGCCCGCCCUCCAGGCCGUCGAAGGCGCGUGGGAUGUCAUCGCCGGGAAACAGUGCGCCGGCGCGCGCUCCCUCAAGGCAGAGCUCUACGCGAACUUGGAGCCCACCACCGACCCCGCGAGCGCCGCCGAGGCCGCAGAAGCGUACUCCACGCGCUUGCAUCUUACCGUCCUCGACGGCCUCCUCCAGAGCCCCAAGAUCAAGGCCGAGUUCCUCGCGAACGACGGCAUGCAGCGCUUCCUGCAGAUCCUGCUGCGCAAGGAGGCUGUCUGGGACGCGAGGAAGGCGAAGGUCGCGCGCAUCGUGUCGGAUAUUUUCCUCGAUGAGGAGGUCGGUGCUGUGCUGGGUGUCUGGCCUAGUAGUGGUGAUGGUGGUGAUGGUGGUGGUCAGGAGGACGCGGGCGUUUGCGCGAAGGAGGGAGACCCCAAGGCUUUGGGGGAGGGGUGUUGGGAGUACCAUUUGGAGGUUAUAGGAAGGGAUCCGAAAGAUGCGGAGUGGAGCGGCCCGUUGCUGGAGAGGUUGAGGGAGAGGAGGAGAGGGGGGAGGGAGAGGGAUGAGCUUUGAGUUUUGGGGGUUAUUAUACUAUAAGAAGCUUGGAAGGUACCUAGAUACAUACAAGAAUAAAUACAGUACCUAAUCG